GCGGAGCUGCGAGCACACAGAAAGGGAUGUCUUCAUCGCCAACCAGGAUGGAACAAACCCGCCCGCUCGGGGAGUGCUGAGAACCGAAGGGUCCCUCCAACGCGGCAGCCGUCAGCAUGACUUGACUGCCCCCAUCCCGCAAGGUCCGCACUCUCCAGGCGCCCCCAGCCUUUCCGGGUGCGCGCGCAACAGCCGGCGAGCCGGAGAGCUGUGCGUCCAGCAGCCUGCGGGCGGCGGUGGCCGACUGGCUGGCGGGGAGAGGGGUGGCCAGCAGCGGCGGAGGAGGAGCUGGCGCUGCAGCCGGUCCCCUCGGGCCGCGCCCCGCCCUCUGCCGCCACCUGCGCUUCCCCUCCGGGCUCUCGCGCCCCGGGGCAGUGUGGGCUCUCCUUGCCGCAGCGGCGGUAUUACCGCGUCCGCCAAUUAGAAGACUCGGCGUUUGGCUCCUUGGGGCGCGGGAAGAGCAGCGCUGCCUGUUCUGGCGAGUGGAGGGUGCGACGGCGCGCGUCCCUCCCCUCCGCGCUCCCCGCGACGUUCGUGGAGGGGGUUACAGAACUGCUGUGACUUUUGAGGUCCGACUACUCCUUCCGGCUAGCCUCCCAACGCGCCAGCUCGGAGAGAGGCCGGCGUGACCGGCAGGCCCAGAAGACUCGCUGCGUGGGCUCGGGACUUGGAACGUGUCCGGGAGCCCGCGGCGCUGUGCGCGCUGUUGAGUUUGGCGGCGGGGUGGGGUGUCCCCUGGCGCGAGGGGCGGAGAGGACGUUGCGCUCUGCCCCUUCGCCCGCCCCCUAGUGCUGCCCCCACUUUGAGAGUAAUCGAGACUUGAGUGUGACUGCGGAGCCGCGAGGAUGCGGGCCCUGGGCGCGGGUUUUUCCUCAGCUCGGCGCGAUGGAGCGGGUCGGUGAGCGGAACAAAGGCGCCCGCCCCGGGGAGCCGGUCCUCGGCUGAAGACCGCGGGGCGCGCGCCACGACGGCCGCCUGCGGACUAGGGUUGUGGCUGUGCGGCCCGAGGCGCGGCGCGCUCCUCCGCGGGCGGGCGGCGAACCCUGAGCCCGGCACCUGCGCGCCGCUCCUGCUGCGGCGCCGGGGCAGCCCCGCCUGCCGGCCCGCGGGCCCCGGGGGUCCGCUGCGCUGGCAGCCCCGCUCCCGGUGACCCAAGGUCCAGCGGCGAACCACUUGGUGGUGCAGAGGAGAGACCCCCCGGCCCUUCGCCAAGAAGCCGAGGCGCCUGCUAGGGGCCGCGCGCCGUGGACUGAGCAGGCAUCAUCUCUGGGAGCACUUCUGCAGACCGAAGCCUUCGGUGUGAGCCAUCUAGCUCUCCCCGCGACCGCCCGGACCUCCCAACCGUCUCCGCUGCCCUAGCCUCCGUGCCGUGGGGCCGGGAGCGGCUGGGAUCCUCGCCAGCCGUCCGGAGCGCGAGGCUCGCACGGCCCCCGGCUGCCCCGCGCCUCGCCGGAGCCCGAGGGGGCGCGGGUCCGGGGCGAGGGCCGACCGGGCGUGUUUGAUGGCUUCACUGAGAAGAGUCAAAGUGCUGUUGGUGUUGAACUUGAUCGCGGUGGCCGGCUUCGUGCUCUUCCUGGCCAAGUGUCGGCCCAUCUCUGUGCGCAGCGGAGACGCCUUCCACGAGAUUCGGCCGCGCGCCGAGGCGGCCAACCUCAGCGCGCACAGCGCCAGCCCCAUACAGGAUGCGGUCCUGAAGCGCCUCUCGCUGCUCGAGGACAUUGUCUACCGGCAACUGAAUGGUUUAUCUAAAUCCCUUGGGCUCAUUGAAGGUUAUGGUGGGCGGGGCAAAGGGGGCCUUCCUGCUACCCUUUCCCCGGCUGAAGAAGAGAAAGCCAAGGGACCCCAUGAGAAGUAUGGCUACAAUUCCUACCUCAGUGAAAAAAUUUCACUGGAUCGUUCCAUUCCGGAUUAUCGUCCCACCAAGUGUAAGGAGCUGAAGUUCUCCGAGGAGCUGCCCCAGAUAUCCAUCAUAUUUAUCUUCGUGAACGAGGCCCUGUCGGUGAUCCUGCGGUCAGUUCACAGCGCGGUCAACCACACACCGACCCACCUGCUGAAGGAAAUCAUCCUGGUGGAUGACAACAGUGAUGAAGAGGAGCUGAAGGCCCCUUUGGAGGAGUAUGUCCACAAACGCUACCCUGGGCUGGUGAAGGUGGUGAGAAAUCGAAAAAGAGAGGGCCUGAUCCGAGCUCGCAUCGAGGGUUGGAAGGUGGCCACCGGCCAGGUCACCGGCUUCUUUGAUGCCCACGUGGAGUUCACCGCUGGCUGGGCUGAGCCAGUUCUCUCGCGGAUACAGGAGAACCGGAAGCGGGUGAUCCUCCCGUCCAUCGACAACAUCAAACAGGACACCUUCGAGGUGCAGCGGUAUGAGAACUCGGCCCACGGGUACAGCUGGGAGCUGUGGUGCAUGUACAUCAGCCCCCCGAAAGACUGGUGGGACGCCGGAGACCCUUCCCUUCCCAUCAGAACGCCAGCCAUGAUUGGCUGCUCGUUUGUGGUCAACAGGAAGUUCUUUGGUGAAAUUGGUCUUCUGGACCCUGGGAUGGAUGUGUAUGGAGGAGAAAAUAUCGAACUUGGAAUCAAGGUGUGGCUGUGCGGGGGCAGCAUGGAGGUCCUGCCUUGCUCACGGGUGGCCCACAUCGAGCGGAAGAAGAAGCCAUACAACAGCAACAUCGGCUUCUAUACCAAGAGGAAUGCUCUCCGGGUUGCCGAGGUCUGGAUGGACGAUUACAAGUCUCAUGUGUACAUAGCGUGGAAUCUGCCACUGGAGAAUCCAGGAAUUGACAUAGGCGAUGUCUCAGAAAGAAAAGCCUUAAGGAAAAGUUUAAAGUGUAAGAAUUUCCAGUGGUACCUAGACCACGUCUACCCAGAAAUGAGAAGAUACAAUAACACCAUUGCCUACGGGGAGCUUCGCAACAGCAAGGCAAAAGACGUCUGCUUGGACCAGGGGCCGCUGGAGAACCACACAGCAAUACUGUACCCGUGCCAUGGCUGGGGACCCCAGCUGGCCCGCUACACCAAGGAGGGCUUCUUGCACCUGGGAGCCCUGGGGACCACCACGCUCCUCCCUGACACCCGCUGCCUGGUAGACAACUCCAAGAGUCGUCUGCCCCAGCUCCUGGACUGCGACAAGGUCAAGAGCAGCCUGUACAAGCGCUGGAACUUCAUCCAGAAUGGCGCCGUCAUGAACAAGGGCACAGGGCGCUGCCUGGAGGUGGAGAACCGAGGCCUGGCUGGCAUCGACCUCAUCCUCCGCAGCUGCACGGGACAGAGGUGGACGAUUAAGAACUUCAUCAAGUAGUGGAAGGAGCUGGGGCCCUCGGAGCCUGGCCCUCGGGACAGGGUCUGCGUCCUCUGGACCAGCCACGCUGGGAGAGAAACAGCAGGGAGUCGGCAGGUGGUGCUCAGUGGGCCUCCCGGGGCUUCUCCAGGGUAGCCUGGGGCCCAGAUGGAGACACUGCCUCUCCAUCAGGCAUCCAGCUGCCUGAGGCUCAUGCACCCUGGCAGAGCUCCCUGACCCUUCUCUAGGAGCACAGGAGCCGUGUAUUCUGCAGCCUGGAUACGGACCUGGUGCCGAGGAGUGACACAUCGCAUCUCCUCCUGUCCUUCUUCCCAUCCACUUGCAGGACUGGGGCAGGCGGGGGCCCCUCCUUUUUCUCAUCUCUCGUAGCAGCAGCAGCACCUUCUGAAUUCCACCUGAGCCCUCAACGAAGUGGAGGCGGGGAGGUGCUGGGCCACAGCCUCGCUCCCCCUCCUCUGAGGAGGCAGCGAGGCCCUGAGACCCAGUGUCCCCCGGGUUGCUUCUGCCCAGACACCUGUUCACAGCCCAAGAUCGCCAGCCCCCACACCUUUCCAGCAGGUGGCCUUGGACUUUUCUGGACUCCAACCCCGAGAUGACCUGGAAGGAGCUGAUGCUUCCACGGUCACCUGGGCACUAGGAUCCUAUGUGCCUGGACCAGCUCUUCCAUGUAUGUUGUCAGCAGGAAGGCAGAGAGCACGUGCGGUGGCCUCAGCUGUGAGGGCCCCCAGGCUGGAGCCGGGCCCAUUCUGCUCUGCCUGCCCAGGGGCCGGGGAUCCCGGACUCACAGUGGCUACCGCAGCGGGGGCAGCAAUCAGCCCCCAUCUGGAGCUUAAGGACUGACGUCAGCACAGCACAGGGGGCCAGGACCCUGGAGGAUGCUCUCGUGUCUCCCUGUGCUCGGCCAGCUGACUGGGAAGAAGGCAGUCGAGUCCCCUCUGAAGAGUAAUAUUCUUUCUGAUUGCCCUCUGGUUAGGGUGCACUUAUAAAUCAGAGUUAAUAUAUGGACGAGUGUGCAUGCGUAUGAGGGUGUGUGCCUGGUGGGGCGAGUGUGCUGCUGCCUGUGCGUGCGUGCAUGGUGCGUGUGUCUGGGCGUGUGCGUCUGAGUGCACGGUAGGGCAGACGUAGAGGUGUGACCUUGGACUUGUCGCAUUACUGCCAGCCCAGAUCAGGUCAAGGAUGCUGAGAAGCUUGCGGGGGGCGGGUUGGCCAGCAGGAUGUGACAGGGCUGGCGCCCCAGAUGGAAGACUGUCCUUCUGCCGGUUCCCAUCUGUCUCCCUCAUGCUGUCCGGCCAAGCCCUGCCCAGAACCAAACCCCAUACCUGCCCAGUUUGGGGUUCACAGUGUCUCAUUUGGUGGCAUCUUACUGGUGAUCCUUUCCCCCUUUGUGAAAUAAAUACAUAUGAGCACUUCCCA